GAGUGCAUCCAGCCAGCAUCCGGUGAUAGGGCAAAUUAAGGUCUUCGGCGCGGUGAGUCUUUCAUUAACCUGUAUUGUCCUUUCACUCACAGCAUCGAUGAUGCCUCCUGCUGCGACGUAGGUGGUCCCCUAAUGCCGGUGGUCACCCGCUGAACAUGAUGACCGAAUCCAGUCCCUCGUUCUUGCCGCGCAUAGAGUCGGUCUUCUACGCAGUAUUCGACGAGCACCAGGGGCCAAAGAUCGUACAUCAGGUUCCUGAGGGCCUCAUCGUUGGCCAGCACUCUAACCUUGCCAAUGUCUUCUCAGUGCCCGGCAGCCUCUUCACAACUUCGCCCACGUCGUCGACUCCAGGCCCUCUGAGCUCAGAACAGUCACUGACACGGGUCGCCGCGUCGGUGCUUUCUUCUCCUGUGUUGUCGCGUUUGGGAGAGCGGCAGCCCUUUCCAGCUCCUCAGAAGCGCGGAGCCUCCUCCGGUCGCUUUCUAUUCAACUUCGACGACGUGUCGAAGUAUAUCAUACCCCCAAGCGCACUAUGUGGUCGCCUGGUCAAGUUCGCAACCCGGAACCACCGGAUAAUAGGAUUCCCAGUUGAACUCAAAGGACGCUAUCGGCGGAAUUAUUUCCGUUAUAAUCUCUGCUUCGUUUUCGAAAGGAAUGCUGACCUCAGCUGCUAUGAACCUAUUGUUCGCAAAGUGAGCCGUGUGCUGACGUCGUGCGAGGUGCGGCUUGUUCCAUGUCGACAUUGUAACAUACCAACUAGCUCUAUCCAGGAAGAAUCAGCCUUCUUAUCGGGACCAAAUAGCUCUGCAGCGAUACAUGCUAUCUUGGAGCAGCUCUAUGAAGACUUGAACUCAUAUUCAGAGACCUCUAUCCAGAUCGACGAGUUCAACUCCAUCGAUUUAAAGAUAUUUCCCUUUUAUCCGAAUCCACCUCCGGUCAAGGACUGGCAAGUGCCACUGGCCCUCAUCAACAUUACUCGGAGGAUCGAGCCGAACUGGGACUUGACAGUAGCGAAGGUAAUUUCAGUUGCUGAUGCGAGGUAAAUGUUACUGAACGUUAUAGGUUGUGCAAUACAUAGAUGGCGUAAACCACGUCGCCCGAAUUGCUCGGCUCGCGGACUGCGACAUCGACUUGUGUCGACAAGCCAUGGCUCAUCUCUUGUAUGAUGA